CCUUCAUUAAAAGGAAACCAAGAACAACAUGGCUCUCUCUCUCUCUCUCUCCCUCCCUCCCUCCCUCUCUUAUGCAUCUCUGCACAGGCCGUAGUUCACACACCGAAAGCCUCGGCACGGCGCUGAAGUGCUGAACAUGGCCUCCCGUUCUCCUGCCACCGCAGGGUUCGAAAGCGAGUGCAGAGAGAUCCAUGGCGCGUGCGAUGAGCCCCGCCGUCUGAUCCGCUACCUGGCUCACCGGAGCGCGCCGGAGAGGCAGCAGAUCAAGGCAACUUACCGCACAAUGUUCGGCGAGGACCCCGUCGGCAGGCUUCAUAAAACCCUCACGGCCAAUCAGGACAAUGAGCUCUGCAAUCUGCUCUACCUGUGGAUGCUUGAUCUGGCGGAGCGAGACGCGAUCAUGGCGAGGGACGCCAUCGAGAGCGGCGCGGCGGCCGAUUACCGCGCCCUUGUCGAGAUCUUCACGCGGCGGAAGCAGGACCAGCUCUUCUUCACCAAGCAGGCGUACCUGGCUAGGUUCAAGAAGAACCUGGAGCAGGACAUGGUCACCGACCCCUCGCACCCUUAUCAGAGACUGUUGGUAGCUCUGGCAACCUCCCACAAGUCGCACCACGAUGAACCCAGCAGGCACAUCGCGAAAUGCGACGCCAGGCGAUUGUACGACGCCAAGAACGGCGCCACGGGGUCGGUCGACGAGGCCGCUAUUCUCGAGAUGUUCAGCAAGAGGAGCAUCCCACAGCUCAGGCUGGCGCUCUGCAGUUACAAGCACAUAUAUGGGCAUGACUUCACCAAAGCACUGAAGAAGAAUUCGGCUGGUGAUUUUGUAGAGUCUCUGAAAGUUGUUGUCAAGUGCAUCCACAGUCCUUCCAAUUAUUACUGCAAGUUACUGCAGAGAAGUAUGCAACGCCCAGAAACCAAUAAAAGGUUGGUUGCGAGGGCUAUCUUGGGCAGCGAUGACGUCGGUGUGAACGAGAUCAAGUUAGCGUUCAAGAGUAACUUCGGAAAGAACUUAGAAGAUUUCAUCCAUGAAAGCUUACCACAGAGUGAUUACAGAGACUUUCUUUGGAUAUGGCAAGGGGGGCAGUGCCCAGUGGCAUCAUAAAAUUGGUACUUGAAUUUUGUUUUGUAACAGUAGCGUGUUGAACAUGAAGAGUAGCAGUACCAUCUUAUCUGAACUUGGGAUUAGGUGACAACAUGCUAUCAUUCUUCUAAUACAUAAUUGCUUAAAUCCA